GGCAGCGUCACCCGUACCCCUUCCGAGGAUGGAACCGACAAACUGCGAAGUAAAUGUGUCCUGACUCCCAACUGUGCUUUUUCAAUUGAAUUUUACUCGAGUUCAGAUCUAUAGAAACUGGCAUGAAAUAUCUGAGUGCAAUAGGAAGGACACAGCAAUGUUACAAAAACGAAAUAAAGAUGAGCAGUUGGUCAGUGCCAUUCAUCUGGAAGAAUUUGACCAAGAAACCAAGAAAUCCCCUAGCCCGGAAGAUAAAACUUAUACCAUUGAAGAAGCUGUGGAAACAAUUGGGUUUGGUCGAUUUCACAUUCUGCUUUUUCUUAUUAUGGGAAGUACAAGUAUAGUUGAAGCUACUGAGAUAAUGCUCCUGGCUGUUGUGUCCCCUGCCAUUCGCUGUGAGUGGCGCUUGAGUGACUGGCAAGUUGCUCUGGUUACAACUAUGGUAUUUCUUGGCUUUAUGGUAUGCAGUUUCAUCAGUGGAUUUGUAGCUGAUAUGUAUGGACGAUGGAAGGUUGUCUUUGGCUGCUUCGUUUGGGGACUGUAUUUUUCAUUACUGACCUCAUUUUCCCCUUCAUAUGGAUGGUUUGUCUUCCUGCGUGUUAUGGUGGGCACUGGUGUGUCUGGUCAUUCCCAAGGGUUUGUUUUAAAAACUGAAUUUAUGCCAGCUAAAUACAGAAGCUCCUUACUGCCCUUGGCAACGAUAUUUUGGCUAAUUGGUUCAUUGCUUGUAAUUGUCCUGGCAUUUGCAAUUAUUCCUUCUUUUGGAUGGCGAUGGUUGAUAAGAAUUUCAACAAUUCCCAGCAUGAUCUUAAUUGUUCUGUUUAAGUUUAUUCCUGAAUCUGCCAGAUACAAUGUUUCUGCGGGAAAUACAAAGCAAGCUGUUAAAACCCUGGAGAACAUUGCCAAAAUGAAUCGUUCCUCUUUGCCAGAAGGAAGACUGGUAGAGCCAACUGUGGAAAGGCGAGGGCAUUUCCUUGACUUAAUGGAUUCCACUUACCGGAGGACAACGCUAAUAAUGUGGUAUUCAUGGGUUGUGGCCUCUUUUUCUUACUAUGGUGCCAUAUUGGCAAGCUCAGAGCUAUUGGAGCGAAAGCUGCUUUGUGUUACCAACGCUGGCGAACUCCCCAAGGUGCUAAAUUCAGACAGUGCUCCUUGUUAUUGUCAUAUGUUUGGAACUUCAGAAUACUACACAAUGUUAAUUAGCACCCUUGGGGAAAUAGCAUUUGUACCUGUAAAUAUACUAAUGCUGAAUGUGUUUGGAAGGAGAUUGUGUUUGGCAUUAUCCAUGGCUUUGACUGGAGUAUUUUUCUUACUGCUUAAUAUUUGUACAACAAGUGCAGGAUUUACUGCAUUGCUUUUUAUUCUCCGUUCCCUGGUGUCUGCUAAUUUUAACACUGUUUACAUAUAUACUGCAGAGGUCUAUCCAACUUCAAUCCGUUCUGUAGGAAUGGGGUCCUGCACUGCAUGCAGUCGUUUAGGUGGGAUGAUAGCACCCUUCAUAGCACAGGUUCUAAUAUCUAAGUCUGUAAUAACAGCUUUGUGUCCAUUUGCCAUUGCUUGUCUUGCCUGUUCGGCCGCUGCCUUAUUUUUACCCAUUGAGACCAAAAACCGUGCUCUUCAGCAAACAUCCUGACCUGGUGCCUUUUAAUAAAAAUCAGAAUUACCGUAUACUCCGUUUGUUUGUUUUUUAUCCAUUUUUAUUGACUAUGCAGAUUUUAAUUUUCAGGAAUUUGAAUAAAUUUGAAUUUGAAGUGUCUCAAAACCAGAUGAUAUGGACAACUGGAGGAUUAGUUGUGUUUUUAUUACAAAAAGUGUAAAUGUUGAUUUUUGUUAACUUCUGAACAAAUAAAAUGCAAAAUCUUGUUCAUGUUAUUCUGUAUAGAAAUAAAAUAUUUAUUUGGCAGCUAGCCUGUA